CAGCCAGGCCCUCUGCAGGUCACGUGGACACGGACACAGGGGCGGCCUCUGCCCCAGGAAGGACCAGCUGGUCAGGGCCAGACGGACAGCAGAGUCAGCCAGACAGUGGGUCUUGGACAGUCGAGGAGAAGAGGAGCCGACUGCCAUGACGCUGGAGGGAGGGCUGCUGCUGCUGCUGGCUCUUGGCCUGGGCCUGGCUGGUGCCCAGAAGGCUCUGGACGAGGUGCCAGUGCAGCCAGGCUUCGACCCCCAGAAGGUGGAGGGACGCUGGUUCACUGUCCAGCUGGCCUCCAGCCACGCGCACCUGGUCUCCCCGGAGGACCCCCUGAAGCUGUCCCUCCACUCCAUCCGGACCCGGGACGGCGGGGAUGUGGAGUUCAUGCUGUUCUGGAAGGGAGAGGGUGCCUGUGAAGGAAUAAAUGUCACCGUCCACCCAACUGGGCUGCAGGGCCAGUACCUCGGCUCCUGUGAGUACCCCUCCUCUGGGCGGGCGGGGGCUCGGGGAUGCCCAGAUGCCUGGGGAGCUGCUGGCUUUGGGGGGCAGUGGGUGCUGGGAGGGGCCCAUGCCCAUUGUGCUGCCCAUGGGGGCUGGAAACAGAGGAGAGGUCCCUGCAUCACCGGCUGGGUCUCCCCAGUUGAGGGGGGCCGCAUGCACGUCCGCUUCGCCAGCACCGACUACACCAACCUCAUCCUUUACGUACGAUUUGAGGACGACGUGGUCACCAGCCUAUGGGUGCUGCUGGCCUCCCAUGUGAGCCCGGAGCCUGCCUGGGGACCCCGCGUGGCUGCAGAGGUUCCAGGAGCGAGUGGAGCACUUCCGCCUGCACCGAGCUCCCGUCUCCAACACGGCCGGCCCGUGCCCCCCGCCCAGGCUGGCGUGAGGCGGCUCCCAGCUUCUGCCUGUGCUCUCCACCCUGCGCGACCCUCAGCCCUCCUUCCCUUCACCCAGCCCGGCUGCCCCUCUGCCGGGAGCCCUGUCCGCCUUGUCCUUGCCCUCCCACUCUGGGCCACCAGGUCCUCAGCCAAGAGCCUUGAAGGGACCCACAGUGCCCCCCAAGCUGCCCUCAGCCGGAAGAGCCCUCCGGGGCCGUGGAGAGGGUCCCCGGAAACAUCCUGCACUGGGCCGAUGGGGCCGCCCACGGCGUUCUCCUCCCAAGGGCGACUGAGGGACCUGGGUGAGACCUCAGGACAAGGUGGAGCCUCCAGAGCUACCUUGGCCCCAGAACCUGCUCCCCAGCGGAGCCCCACCCAGGCGUGUCUGGCCCGCCCCAGCUGGCAGGCCUGGGAAAAUGGGUCAGACACUCAAAGCCUCCUUCCGAGAGGCCUGGACAGGCCUGGCCGGAUGCCUGACCCAGAAAGUGCCCCUUGGAGCCUGUGGGGAUCGAGAAGGCCGGCCAAGGCCUUCCAAGCUCGGUGAACAUGACCCAGUUAGGUCCAGGGGCUGUGUGGGCAUCACCGCAGGAGACUCAGAGCUGGCCGCAAACACGGCUGCAGCAGACACGGAACACAGCGGCUUCCCACAAACCAGCCCUGGGGAAACCGCAGGCAGGCACAUGCAGGCUCAGAACCGGAGAGGGCGCUGCACGGGAGAAGACAGCAAAGGCCUCAUCAGGCCUGAAGGGUGUCGGCGACGGAGCUGGGCUUCCUGUGCCUGAGAGCCAGGUACUCCCACGGCAACGUGAACACACGCAGAUAAAUGAGCCGUUUCUGCUUGUUCCGCAAUAUCGCAAAGGGUUAGCGGCCCUCAGGUUAAUCUACAGCUUGCAGACAAUUAAAUCCAGGCUCCAGGGGGAGACUUUUCCCAGAUUACAAACCUGGAUCUAAAUUUACAUGAGGAAUGGAAGUUUUGAAAUGUUCUAUAAAGAAAAGCAGUGAGUGUAGCUGGACAUGGUGGCACAUACCUGCAAUCCAGGACUCGGGAGGCUGAGGCAGGAAGACGUCCAUGAGUUCGAGGCCGGCCUGAACUACAUAGCGAGACUGUGUCUCAAAAAACCAAAAAAGGAAAGAAAAGUAGUAGAAAUGGAUCCGCUGCCCUGUGGUAGUAUCGAUAAGCACUAAGGAAAAUCAGGUGGCAGAUCUCAGGACAGACAGAAAGACAGUGUUCAGUCAGGACACAAAGCCAAGAAAUGAACGCAGUGUGUACUGAUUUCACAUGGCCGUCAUACAAGCGGCGUUAUUACAACAGCGAAGGGGGAAGUCGCAGCUCCCGAGGGAAGGCGGUGAGGCCCCCGCACUGCGCCGGGCCUUGAAAUUGGUGCCUAAGAAAGACGGGCCCUGAGGUGCCCAUGCUGCCUGCACCUCUGAGACGGCAGCCGCCCCAGGCACAGGGCACAAGGAGGCUUCAGCUCUGGGGCAUCAGAGGCCCGGGCCACACGGUGGGGAGUCAGGACACGGGCCGCGUGUGCAGCAAUGACAGAGGAGCAAGCAGACACCCGGAAAAAGGCCCCUGGCCUGGAAGAGGCCAUCCCACAGCCACUGACGCCCAAGGCUGACAGAGGGAUUUAACCCGAGUCCAACUCUGUCACAAUCCUACUUCUAAAAAUCAAAGGAGGAAUUCUUUCUUUUGAUGGCACUGGGGAUUGAACCCCGGGCCUUUGCACUGGGCCACAUCCCCAGCCCUUUUUAUUCUUUGAGGCAGAAUCUCACCUAGUGCUAAGUUGCCCAGGCUGGGCAUGAACUUGCAAUUCUCCUGCCUCAGCCUCCCGGAGUGCUGGACUACAGGCCUGUGCCACCAUGCUUAACUAAAAGUUAAAUGCUUUUUUAAGAUUCCUUAGUGUGCACUGGCAGAAACGCCCACGAGGAGCAGGGAUGGAGGCCGGAGGCUGGAGCGACCUGGUUUUCCUGUCUCUAAGCGAGCUCUUGGACUGGCAAUUCUAGACAUUGACAAGUUUGCACGUCGUGCCUGGUGUGGUGGCGCAUGCCUGUGAUCCAGCACUUGGCAGGCUGAGGCAGGAGGAUCACCGAAAGUUCAAGGCCAGGCUGUACUACACAGUGAGAUCCUGUCUCAAGACAAAACAAAAAGUUUACUUGUUAUUCUCCCAGAUAAAUCAAGAAAUUUAGGAUUGUUUAAUAUUACUCCAUGACUUUUUUUUUGGUACCGGGCAUCGAACUCAGGACCUUGUGCUUGCGAGGCAGGCGGUGGAACCACUGAGCUAAAUCCCCAGUUGUACUCCACAAUUUUUCUAAAGGUAAAAUUUUAGGAACCUUCUCAAUAAAUUACCCUCAUCCAUAAACCGGCAGGGGAAAAAUAUCUUGUUUAGUGCAAUACUCCCUCUCUAACCCCGGUCAGACAGACUGCUGGUUAAUAGUUGUAGAUGUAGAUUUGUGGGUAACAUAGCAUUUGGUGCCUCUCUCUCUGCCUCUCUCUCUCUCUCUCUCUCUCUCUCUCUCUCUUCCUCUCUCAAUUGAGACAGGGUCUUGCUAUGUAGCCCAGGCUGGCCUCAAGCUCAUAGUGAUCCUCCUGCCUCAGCUUCCCAAGUGCUGGGAUCGCAGGCGUGCGCCACCAUGCCCAGCCCUAGUUCCUCCAUCUUGAAAUUCAUGUGGCUGAUUUUAAUGGAGAAGGACUCUGCAAGAUGCAAGAGUAGAGUCACCAAAAAUGUCAUUUUCCUGACUCCAAGGGACAGCAGCAGGACAGGUGGUGACAGACAUGGCCGGGGACAGCCCGGUGUGACCUGCAUGUGGUGAAGUAGCAGAGGACAUGUGGGUUUCAACCCUGGGCCUGACCCGGAAGCCAAGCCUGACUUCUCCACCUGUUUCCGGUUCCCUGCCUGGCGUGUUGGUGGCACUGUGCAUUGUCAGUGUUCCACUUGUGCGGAGUGCUGAGUGUGUACCGAGCGGCUCACUGGGGCCACAAUCACAGGGCUGGGCCAGGCAGCUUCCGCCUUGCUGUCGCUCGUGGCCCUGGAGGCGGAGGCCAGAGACCACGGCUGGCAGGGUGGGCAGCUCCCCUGAGGUCUCCUCCUCAGCCAGCACGGCCUUUCCCGGGUCCUCGCUGAGUUGUUCCCCCCGAGCGUGUCUGUGUCCAGACCUUGUCAGAUUGGGUGAAGGCCGCCCGAGGGCUUCGUUCUAACCAGCGACUCUGGAAGACGCUGUCAACACGCGGUCACACCCUCCAGAGUGGGGACAGGGUUCAGCCACAGUGGCGGCCACCACAGGGCCGGGUCACACUUCUGAGCGGGAGCUCAACCCCACUACCCUGGGAUCCGCUCACAGACCACAGCCCAGGGCAGCUGGCCCGGGACACGGUUCUGACCCAGCUCCACUCUGGCAGGGCCCCUUCAGCAUGGGCUCCAUAGGCUCUGCUUUUAAAUUACAAAGAAACUCGUGCUCUGACACCAUGGAUUUGCCCUCUGUGACCACAGGCACUCGGCCGGGCCCAAGCCACCCUGCUCUGAAACCACACAGGGUAUCAGAGGCCCAGGCUGACAGAAAUGGUUCUUCCUUUACACUUCACACUUCCAUUUUGGGAAGAGAUUUUUAUUUUUUUUAUCAACUACAGUCUUUCUCCUUUAGAAAGAAUGGCUCUAGAAAAAAAGUAUUUCCAUGUUUCUAAACACAGAAAGAUAGCCUCACGGUGUGUGGAAAUUAAAUAAUCGCCUGCUGCUCUUUAUCCUCUACUGGUCAAAGUGGAUGGGCCAAAGCUGGAAGGAGGAAACUCUCCGUUGGAAGGGCCACGUUUGCAGUCUCUGAGGAGUGGACUGCUCUAAACUGCCCGCAUGUGGGUGCCGCCCUCAGAUGGCCCUGGGGUCCUGAGCCACCUGUACCUGCAGCACCUGGGGAGGCAGGAUGAACUUGGCGUCCCAGCUGUUCUCCGGGGACAGCAGCUUGGUGGGCCUGUGGAGGAAGAAGCACUUGUUGAGGUGCUUCCUGUAAGUACUGCUGAGCCUGUUCUCCAGGUCCUGAAGCAUGCCCUUCAGACACUGGUCCACGAGGCCAGCAUCUGCCAGGGCAGGCCUCCCACGACGGAGCCCCUGUAGUAGAAGUCGCCCUGUCUGAAGGGAAUGUAGGCCACUGAGCUGGGCCUCUACUCAUGGGGGAAGCUCUGGGUGUUCGGGAAGUACCACCAGGCGUGCAGCUGGGCCACCGAUGCACCCAGCGUCUCCAGGCCAAAGUCAUCCUGGAAGACCAGACUGCUGGCCAUGCUGAAGAGGAGCUCCACCUGGUCCUUGAUGUGGCUCAGCAGGUGUUCCUGCAGGACCUGCAGGCACACGAGGUCCAGGCUCGGGCCACCACUGCUCCUCACCCGCCAUGAGGAUCUGGAAGCUCUGCAGGGGCCUGGGCUGCACAUCGGGCGGGUCCACAUAGCUGUCCAGGAUGAGGUAGAAGACCAUCUGCUGACCGUGCAUGAAGUGUAUGGUGGCCGAGUGCAGGAAAUGCUCCAGGUGCCCCUCUGCAGACCUGGGGCAUACAGAGCGAGGGAGGGGCUGCUCACGGGGCCCAGGCAAAACCCCGUGUGCUACCAGAAGCGUCACUGAAGCUGAAGGUCCCAGCAGAACUAGGAAAUGUGCAUGACAGAGCUGAGUGGACAUGAGCCCGAGGGGACUGGCCACAGUGGAGAACAGAGCGAUGCAUUUCCUGGGCAGGCCAUCCAGGCUGCUCAGAGCGGGAAGAGGGCCCAGGACAGAGGCUGUCAUCAUGUUUGCAGAACAGAAAGGCAAAGCAGCCGGCCCCCGGGAGGCUCUGCCCCUCUAGUGCCUCCGCAGGGCCUACCUUCCCACAGCACUGGGGCCAGCCAGCUGGUGACCUCCAGGAUGUCCAGGCAUCUCCUAAGGGCACACAGAAUGAGCUGAGCAGGUGCUGCCAUGUGUGGCCACAGCUAAGGCUGGCAGGGCACCUGCUGCUACCAGCCGGGCAAGUGGGCACAGUCAUCACCCCUCAGCCUGGCCAAACCUGAGCGCCCAUUAUGCAGGAGCAAGAGGCAGACAGCCAAACACGCUGUCUCGCAGGGCACACCCCGCAUGGCCUCUGAGCAGGGGCCACAGAAAGGCAGCCGGAGUCCGCGCAUUUGUGGUCACCGCCCGAGUCGCCUCUGUCAGGGCAGGACCACGGCCUCCCUGAAUGCCGUUCAUCUCCCGCCCUCGUUCCCUCUCUGUCUCUCUUGGUCUCGAGCGCACUGAGGCCAUCCAAGUGGCCAGAAGAAAUGAAGAGAGGAGUAAAGGUAGGAGAGAGCCAUUAGAAGCGCUUUCAGUCACAAGGAUGAAACAGGAUCCAAGGCACGCCGGGCUGCUCCAGCAUCUGAAGACCCACAUCAGCUGCCACACGCAGUGAGAGAACCACCACACCCUCCUCGACUGACAGGAGAGCAUUAUGCCACCACCGCAUUCACGAUAGAAGCUCCCAGAGCAAAGCAGGGAUGCCAGGAAUUAUCGGAGGCCGGUCAAUCCCCCGAUCUGCCUAGAGAGGGGCUACGAGGGCUAAGGACAGAGACAGUGGAGACAUCAUUGUGUAACACAGGAGGGCCUGGGAGGUCAGUGCCUCAGAGUGGGCAAAGACAAAGCCACUCUGCGCUGGCACUCCUGGGUGCACGGUAAUCGGAGAGAGUGUCAGGUGACUUAGAGGCAGCGGUGAUCCAUCCUAUGUUGACAAGGAUCUUAUGCUGAUGAGGACAGUGAGAUGGGCAAAGCAAUUCACAGUAGUAGGUGGGACGAGUUAGGCUGAUAAGGAAUUUGUCCCUCCCUCAGGUGAGACCUUUCUCUUUUUUUUAAGAAUAUAUGUACAAA